UGAGGAGGAAACUGCUGAGGUUCGUUUCAUGGCUAUGUGUGGCUGAGUCAAAGAGAGUGAACGAGAAAAGCUAGCGCGCGCGAGAGAGAGAGGUAGAGAGAGAGAGAGAGAGUUUGGGGCUCACGCUUUUGUCGGCUACUGAAUUGUACGUGUGGCCUCGUCAAAGACUCGGACCUGCUGUCGGGAAAGGAGAAACAGGAGAGAGAGAGAGAGAAGGAAAGAAAGAAACGCCUGGAAUGACGGUAGUGUCCACAGAGUUGAUUUAAGGCAGAACAGGGGCAGUGCGCAGCCACGAGCAGCCGAGAUAAGAGAGCAGUGAAAAAGUGAGACCUCCAGCAAGACCGAGUCAGUUGGUGGAUUUGCCCCGUAACGUCUAGGGUGGAAAAUAUCUCAAAUUAGGAUACAAAAUGGCAGAUGCAGAUUUGGACUUCACGACAGGUGAUGCUGGGGCUUCCACCACUUACCCCAUGCAGUGUUCUGCCCUGCGCAAGAACGGCUUUGUGUUGCUGAAGGGUCGACCAUGCAAGAUUGUGGAGAUGUCAACUUCCAAAACUGGCAAACAUGGACACGCAAAGGUCCACAUGGUUGGCAUCGACAUCUUCACUGGCAAAAAAUAUGAAGAUAUCUGUCCCUCAACUCACAAUAUGGAUGUCCCCAACAUCAAGAGAAUGGACUAUCAGUUGAUUGGCAUCACGGAUGGCUACCUGUCUCUGCUCCAGGACAGCGGUGAGGUCAGAGAAGACUUGAAAAUGCCUGAAGGAGAUCUAGGCAAAGAGAUUGAGAGCAAGUAUGAUGCCGGAGAGGAGAUCCUGAUCAGUGUCCUGUCUGCAAUGAAUGAGGAGGCUGCAGUGGCCAUUAAAGCCAUGACUAAAUAAAACGCAGCAGUUGUACUCGACCCCCUUUGUUUUUCAUUCUGACUUGCUCCCUUACUCCUGCCUGUUCUUCCUCUGCCUUCCCUUUCUCACUUUCUCUCAGGUAUUGGCAAGAUGCACUGGACCUGGUCAGAAGGAGAGAAUUAUGCCUCAGCAAUGCUAUUCCCCCUGGGUUUUUUUUUUUCCUUUCUUUAAUUUUUAAUUAUUUUUCUCCCCUUCUUUAUGUACUUUACUUUAGCCUGUCUUUGGGUUGGAAAAUUAGGGGGGGGGGGGUUAAAUAAUUGGAAAUGGUUGCAAAUGGACAAAUAUCUCUGUAAAUACACUGAAUAUACAUUAAUCUACAAUAUUUUGAAUGUAUAUAUUAGAGGGAAAAAAAGGCAGAAUGACACAUGAGCUCUUUAGCUUUGGGAACUGUAAAGGCACGCCAUAUGUAUUAUACUAACAUGAGUGUCUGUUCUCAUUUUGUCUUUUGGCUUGUUUUUUCAUUUCCUUUUUUUAAUAUUUACAUUUGUCCCAAUUACCACCCUUCUUUUGCCAUUUUAAAUUGGACUGUUGAGUAAGUGCGGCAUCCUGUUCUAAUACAGGCACUGUGGUUAAAAAAACCUGAGAAGACUACGUGUAAUAGGAUGUGGUGUGGUCUCUUCUCUCUUCACCUACUCCUUUAUCUUCUAGUAGUCAAAAUAUAGAAGAUGGGGAGCCAUCCUGAUAUUGAGUGAACAGGUAUAUUUAGUGAGUAAAGGGUUAAUAAAAAUGUCCCGUUUACACUUUUUUUUUUUUUUUUUUUUUUUUAAGCAUUAGUCAAAUUUAAGAGUCUGUUUUUAUGUAGAACAAUGGUUUCAGUAAAUGAACUGUAAUCUUAAAAUAAUUUGUCUGAAAUAGGUCCUUGGUAACAAAAAACAACAAACUUACCAUAGGGGGAGUAUAACAGGCAAUGAUUUGGUCUCAGUACAUUCUCAGGUGGCUAAGAGAGAACCAUGAUGUACAGCUGUCAUUCCCUUACCACCUUUUAAAAGGGGCUAUUCUCCAAUGAUCAUUUUAAUUUGGUGAAUCCAUCUCCUUACGGGUUUGGCUUUCUGUGCUGGCUCAUAUCUGAAGUUGGUGUUAAGAUAAUUUCUUUUUACUUUCAUAUUACCUAAGCAGAACUUUUGUUUGUACCCUGACUGUGAUAAACAGCUGUAUUAAACCAAGAGAUUCUCAUACCCUAAUAUUAAAAUGAGCACCUUCAUGUUGCCUUUUC